AUGGAGGACACCGAAGCGCUUCCGUCAGUUAUGGAUGGUCGCGAGUACCAAGCUGGUCACCACGCUGCAACCCUGCGUCGUAUGUUAUGGCGUGAACACCUGGGCUUGUUGCCUGCACAGCCCCUGGAUGCAAACGAGGACCCCAACGCUCAACCUCCAGAUGUCUGCCCCAACAACUGGAACGAAGGAGAUGAGUGGGACAAGCUUGUCACAGAUCCCUUGUCUGACGAUGUCUGGAAUAUGUGGACUCAACAAGCGACCACUAACACCGAAGUCUUCCGUCAUCUGUUCCAUGCGGAUCCUGAUGACAACAUCCGUACAUUCGAAGACUACCAAAACUUCCUCCCGAGGAACGACAUGUAA